CUAAAAUAUCGCGAGUUAUUCACAGCGGCCAGGUCCAACGUCUAAGACCUCGCGUGUCCGUGUUCGAGAAGACAGGCACUGCUAUUUCAAUAGCUAGAUAAGCAGCCGACAUCUAAAGGUCUAAUUGGUGUGGCUGUGUCCUCAGGGCAGCAGACGGACCAUAGCGCUACAGGAGCAGGACCACAGCAGCCGGGGCGCCGGAGCGCACGAGCGCAGCGGCGCAGCGCGCUAGCCGCCCAAGCGCGGCACGCCGUUGAGCGGCGGACCAGGCGGCUCGCCAGGAGAUGGCGAAGGACGGGUCUAAGGACCGGCAGUUCAAGGUCCUGAAGUUCUUGGGGAAAGGCAGCUAUGGCUCUGUCUUCCUGGUCCAGCGCCUGGCGGACAGCCAGACGUACGCGCUCAAGGAGAUGGACGUGCGCAGCAUGAGCCAGGCGGAGCGCGAGGACAGCAUCAACGAGAUCCGGCUGCUGGCCUCCGUGAACCACCCAAACGUGGUGUGCUACAACGAGGCCUUCCUGGACGGCAACCGCCUGUGCAUCAUCAUGGAGUACGCGGCAGACGGCGACCUGGCCAAAGUCAUCAAGAAGCAGCAGAUGAUGAAACGGCCGCUGCCCGAGGACAUGAUAUGGAAGUAUUUCAUCCAGGUGGUAAUGGGCCUUCAAGCGCUGCACAGCAUGAAGAUCCUGCACAGAGACAUCAAGCCCGGCAACAUUAUGGUGUUCGACAACGGUGUGGCCAAGAUCGGCGACCUGGGUAUUGCCAAGCUGCUCACCAAGACCGCGGCAGCCAAGACGCAGAUCGGCACGCCUCACUACAUGGGGCCUGAGAUCUGGAAGAACCGGCCCUACUCGUACACCUCGGACACCUGGGCCAUUGGCUGCCUGCUGUACGAGCUGGCGGCGCUGGCGGUGCCCUUCGAGGCGCGGUCCAUGAGCGAGCUGCGCUACAAGGUGCUGCGCGGCACGUACCCGCCCAUCCCCAACACCUUCUCCCGCGACCUGCAGCAGAUGGUGCGCGAGUGCCUGGACCCCAACCCCGACAAGCGCCCCACCAUGGACCAGAUCCUGGCCUCCGCCGCCGUGGCCAGCCGCGCCAAGCUGGUGCCGCACGAGAGCCGCCACCCGCCCGCCACAGCCGGCAGCAACCUGGUGGAGACCAUCAAGGUGCCUCGCGGCAACAUCGCCGCCAUCCGGAACAAGCUGCCGCCCGCGCAGUAUGCCACCGACAUGCUUAACAUCGGCAACGGCCCCGGCGGGCACGCCCAGAUGGCCACCAUCGAGGAGGGCAGCGAGGACGGCACCACCGGCCGCCUGCCGCCGCCGCACCAGCCGCAGUACCAGCAGCAAUUGCCGGUCCGCGCGCCGCCCGCCGCCGCCGUCAACCGCGUGCCCGGCGGCAUGCCGCCCAUGCCGCCCAUGCCCAAGCCCAACUACCCGCCGCCCAUGAAGGCGGCGGCGGCGUACCCGCCGCCGGCGCCGUCCGCCGCGGCGGGCGGCAAGCUGCCGCAGCUGCCGGGCAUCAACGGCGGCGGCAUGCAGGACGUAAAUGCGGCGGCGGCGGCGUACAAUGCGCGCCUGGCUGCGGCAGGGCUGCGCCCGCCUGCGCUGAACGCGGUGCCGCCGCCGGCGCCGCCCAGCCACGGCGGCGCGAGCGCCUGGUCGUACGCGCAGGCGCCGGGCGCCGGGCGCGGCGUCUCCGAGUCGCAUGCCAACUACGGUGCGUUCUACCACAACAACCAGAACGGCGGCUACACUCCAAGCAGUGCGGCGGCGGCGCGGGCGCAGCAGCAACAGCCCUCGCCGUGGCAGGCGGGCAACAAGUGGCCGCCGCAGCAGGGGCAGGGGCAGGGGCAGCAGCAGCAGCAGCAGCAGCAGCAACAACAACAACAGCAAGGGCCGCAAUCGCAGUACCAGUCGCCCUACAUCUCGCCCUAUGGCGGGCAACAACAGCAACAACAGCAGCAGCAGCAGCGGCAAUACGGCGGUCCAGGCGGGGGCGGCGGCGGCGGUGGGCUGCACCUACCCCAGCUGGCGCAGCAGCGGCCGCAGGUGGCGGCCAACUCCAGACCACCGCCGUGGAACUACGGCGGCCAGGCGCGGCGGCAACAGAGCAACGCGCGGGCCGCGGCGGGCAUUGCGGGCGCCGGCGCGCGGCCUGGCGGGCACUACGCCGGGGACCUGGGUGGCGGCGGCGACGCGCGUGUGCCGGCGUACCCGCCGCCGCAGUGGGCGCCGCGGCCAGCGCGCGGGUGGUAGGACACGGGUAAGGCGUGGUGUUGUGGCGGUGGUGGCAGUAGAUGUGUAAGGGCUCGCAAGGGCGAGUGCUUCCACAAGGCAGGUUUUGGUGUGGGAAGCAACAGGGAUUAAUUGAGGACGUAGAAGCGUUACGCUGCAGGGCUGACUGUUGGUGACAUGUGAGCGGCGACUUGGCUAAAACUGCACCUGAGGUUGGACGUUGGGAACAGUCUGUGUGUCAGUGCGGUAGGGAAGAAGCAGGUUUGCUUAGUACGUGUGCAGCCUACGUAACCGUGUUGACCUGACAUACGAUGUGUAUGGUCAAGUUGCUUGGGUGCGAGACCAUGAACUAGGUGUUCUGCAAUGAAGUUUCAAGAUAGGUUUGGUGCGGGUUUUACGGUAUGCGUGUUUAUGAGCACGUCUGAUCGGAACCUGAAGAGCUUUCGUGCGGGGCAAGACGUCGUGUGGUUCGUCCAGCAGCAAACCCAGCGAGUUUUAUGCCAUGAAGUAAAUGAUAAUGCUCUCGACUACUCCAACAAACAUGCGCACACGCAUGCAGUUGUUUGACACCAACUGGCCUU